GCAAUUUUUGAGCUUCAGUCCAGACUUCCCCCCCAGUCACCCCGCCUUUCACCUCUCUCCACCAUGGGAAACAUCCGCCAGACCAGAAAGAAGAGAUCUUCCCUUCCCACCGUGAAGGCCAAGAGAACCGGCCUCCUCAAAAGUGGCAAGAAGAAGAUCAAUGUCUUGGGAAAUGCUAUCAUUGCGGAAAAUUGGGACCGCAAGUUGACCCUUACUCAAAACUACCGCCGCCUGGGUCUCGUCCACCGCCUCAAUGCUCCGUCCGGUGGUUCUCAGAAGCGGGCAACCGAUGACGGUGUCGAGGGAGAACCGGAAGAUUCUUUGUACAUCAAGAGCAGUGCCGAGGCACUCGCCAAGCAGACGGCAACCAGCGACAUCAAGGUCGAGCGUGAUCCGGAGACCGGCAAGAUUUUGCGCGUAAUCCGCAGCGAUGACGAGGUCGAAGUGGCCGGACGCAAGCACAAGCGCAGCAACCCGCUCAACGACCCAUUGAACGAUCUGUCGGAUAAUGAGCGUGAGGCCGCCCAAUCGCGCCAGAAAAACACCGGAACCAGCAUUGUCCAGCAACUCGAGCGCCAGGCGGACCAAGAAGGAGUCGCCGUCAGGGCCAAGAAACCGCGCCACCAGAGCAAGAGAGAGGAAGAGUGGAUUCUGAGACUGGUUGAGCGUCACGGCGAGAACUAUGUCGCCAUGGCUCGCGACCGGAAAUUGAACCCGAUGCAACAGAGCGUGGGUGACCUGAAGCGGAGGAUCGGCAAGUGGCAGAAGAGCCAGUCAUGAUUGUGUGAUUUUCAUUGAUGCAUUUCUAUCGGCGAGUAUGGCGUUCGACAGGGCUGAUUUGGGAUAAAAGUGCUUGUGACUGGGUUGUUGGAUCAUGACCAUCUGUCACUGCUUUGCGGUUAUACCAUCUGAUAGACUAUAUCUGCGCAUGUCUGGCACAGAUCGCAAACUGUUAAUGUACAUUGAUUUGGUAACCAUCCAACUUGGAGCUGUGCUUACCUGGUUUCCGCCCGUGCCACACAACAUGCCACACAGUGUGCUACUAUAUCAGAAUAAGUAUGGACAGCCCUAAUACCCAGCAUGGUCCAUUCACUGCUUCAGACACACUCGUGAAGAUAUCCACAUACGCGUCAACAAAACGCCAGGCGCGCCAUGCCUGACGCGAUA